AUGGAAAAAGCACUUCUUGCUGCAGUAGAGUUAUUGAAAAGUCCUUCAAAUGAAAAGAAGUUUUUUUCCCGAAGAGUCCUCCUUUUUUCUAACUUCUUAAGGGCUUUCAGUGAUGAGAGUGUAUGUAUUUUAUGUAAAGAACUGACAAAUAACAAGAUAGAUUUAAAUGUCAUAGGACCUGUUUCUUAUGCUGAUGAAGAAACUAGCCAAAGUUGUUCAACGACGUACUCCACCAAAACUCCAACUCAAAUUAAGGCUGAAAAUACUAUUAAAAAAAUUCUGAAAGAAGUAAAUGGGGAAUCUUAUUCUUUUAAUGAUGUGCUUCCUGCUUUAAUAUAUUAUCAAAAGAAGAAAGUUCAGCCUAUUCCAUGGAAUGCAAACUUAGACAUAGGAACUAAUUUGACAAUUCCUAUAAGUGCAUACAUAAAGGUUAAUGAGUUCAAGCCCAAAUCAUGGAAAAAUGCAUAUGCCCAUAAACUGAAUGCAAAGUUAGAAAGAGGCACUUCAUAUUUCAUAAAUGAUGAUGCACAAGCUGAAGUUCCAAAAGAAGGUAUUAUCCCAGCUUACAGGUAUGGUACUACUUUAGUACCAUACACAGAAGAAGAUAAAAUGAAUAUGGAGUACCAGUCUGGAGAAAAAGGCAUGAAAGUACUUGGGUUCACUAAAGCUGAAAACGUUCAAAGAUUUCAUCAUGUUGGGGACAAAACUAUGUAUGUAUAUGGACAGAAAAACAGAGAGCUUGCAGGUGUAAUUUUAGCUCCUUUUAUUCAUGCACUUCAUGAUACGAAAAUGGUUGCUGUUGUUCGAUAUGUAUAUUCAGCUAGGUCUGCUCCAAAGAUUGGAUUUUUGGCUCCUAAAAUAAAGCAACAUUAUGAAUGUCUUGUAUUUAUAACACUGCCAUUUAUGGAAGAUCUUCGACAUUUUGUUUUUUCGCCAUUAGAUGGGAAUCCAAACAACUUACCAUCAGAUGAGCAAUUAAAUGCUGUUGAUGAACUUAUUACUGCAAUGGAUUUAACUGCAACUUAUGAUGAAGAUGGUAAUGAAAGUGAAGAAUUGAAACCGAAGUAUACAGUUAAUCCUUAUUUGCAAAGAUUGUAUCAAUGUUUGCAAUUUAAAGCUUUUCAUCCUGAUAAGCCAUUACCGGAUAUCUCUCCCCAAAUUGAAGCCAUUAUUAAUCCAUCAGAAAAGGUGCUCAAAAUUGCCGAUUCUGCUUUGAAUAGGGUGAAAUCUGUUUUCAGUUUGAGAGAGACAUCACAGAAAAAGAAUCCAGAUACAGCUUUUAAUCUGCUAUCUAAUGGAAAAUCUGAAAAUACACGUAAACGAAAAUUGUCUGAUGAUAGUGGAAUAGACAGCAAGCUUAGCAUUAUUGAAGAUGUUAUUGAUCCAGUCACAAAAAUAGGCACUAUUAAUCCUGUGAGAGACUUUCAAGAAAUGAUUAAAAGUAAGGAUCCACAUGACUUCUUUGAUGCUAUUCAUCAAAUAGUUCAAGUUGUGUGGACUUAUUUGAAAGACGAAAGAUGUGCUAAAUUAUAUCAUUCAAAAAUUCUUGGAAUUUGUAAAGAGCUAAGGGCAUCAUGUCUCAAAGUUGUUUCUUAA